GGGCAUUUCAUUCAUACUCGGAUCUCUGCCUUCUUUUUUUCUCUCAAACACACGCACAUAUACGAAACGGUUGACCAUUCCUCGUAUCUCCUCUCAACAAAGCAACAACAUUCUCAAAGAAGAAAAGAGGAAAAAUGCCACCGAAAGCCAGUCCAACCACCUCGAAGGAAGCGGCAGACCCCAUGCUACAGGAUACGUACCUCCAGGACGACACGAAGGACUUCGAACCAUCAACAAACGAAAUCGCAGCGUUUGAAGACCGCUUGCAACACGGCGGAGCAGCGACCACCUCUCACGGGGGACACCCUCGUCGUCACACCGCACCAGUGGCCGAACCCGCUCGACCUGCAAACCACGUUGCUCCUGCGGCGAGCCACCAACACUCGGUGCCGUCUUCCUCUACUGCGGGAGCUGCAUCAGCGGCGCAGCGCGGGAACGGGCAACGCCGCUUGUCCGAAGCGGAGCAGGAGGAGGACAUUCAACGCAAAGAAGACGUGGAUGAUGUGCGCCACCUCGACAACAACUUCGGCGGCGUAGAGGAUGAUAGCGACUAG